AUGUCAGCUAAUCGUCGUAUCGCCAAAGAAUAUGCUGAUUUACAAAGUAAUCCAAUAGAUAAUGUAGAAAUGGAACCAGAUGAGAAUAACGUCUUACAUUGGACAGGUUUUAUCAAUGGACCUGUAGAUUCUAUUUACCAUGGUGGACGUUUUAAAAUCGAAGCUACUUUUCCAUUAGAGUAUCCAUUCAAAGCACCCACAAUCAAAUUUAUCACUCGAAUUUAUCAUCCAAACAUUAAUCAUGAAGGUUCAUUAUGUGUAGGAAUUUUAAAAGCAGAUGCUUGGAAACCUUCUGUAAGAAUCGAACAUGUACUUAGGACAAUUGUCAACUUACUUGUCGAACCGAAUCCCGAUGAUGCCAUAGUGGCUGAUAUAGCUGAACAGUAUAUCAAAAAUCGGGAAAUUUUCAAUUUAACAGCAAAGGAGUUCAUUCGUAAGUAUGCAACUUAG